AUGUCUCAAUCACAUAUUUGCACCAAAAAGCAUUAUCGGCCGCCUGGAUACGUUCGAGGUGGCGAUCAGCGCCGGCCCGCCUUGGUAUUCCAAGGCUACAAGGCUCGCCCCUUGCUCAACUGUACGGUAGGGAGCUUUUGGGAGGUCCCGACUAAUGAGCUUGCUCAAGCCCAGAUCAAGGCGAAAACAAGAUAUCAGGAGCUAUUUGGUAAAUACAGCAAAAUGACACGGCAACAGCUUCAUAAACAGGAUCUUCCCAAGAUGUUGACAAAGUUUGCCCACCAGCUCGAUGAAUUCUUCUUCUUUGGAUCCCUUUUCAAUAGCUCAGGAAUCCGUGUCCAUGUUCAGUUGCUCCCAGAGCAUCGCGAGCAUCUCUGUUUAGGCCGGGCUUUCAGUGAUGAGGCAAAUGACAUGGAGCGAUUCGUGCAAAUCGCACGUCGCACCCGUGUCCCCGUGGGUCGUGCCAAGCUCUCGCUCGUCGACAUGCUGGGGGUGCUCUACCACGAGCUCCUUCACACGUACUUGGGCCUCUAUCUAUGCCAAAGUGACGGCUGUGAGUGGUACCGCCUCAACGCUGAAGGCCUGAGCGGACACGGGCCCGUGUUCCGCGCCCUGGAGCACACCGGCCUCAAGACGCUGCAGUCGUGGGGCACGCAAAAGGGCGAAACGGUCAUCCCGCCCGAGUGGCAUGAUGACUUUGUCUGGACGGCAUCGUGGCAGGAAGAGUGUCAAGAGGUUACUUCGUGCAAGGAACUUGGCAAGAUCCCACACGCGCAUCUGGCCAAUUUGCGGCAUAAUCCUUCGCCCAACGAGAUUAUCCAGGUUCGAGGAAUAAAAGUCAUCAUUGACGGUCCGCGCCUCAGGCGCCAUGUCAAGAAGAACGCCAAAAAGGAUAGAAAGCAUCAAAGGAAGCAGACAUGA